GCAAUAUACACGACCAUGUGUAAUCUCUGCGAAUCGAAUCGUAAUCGAGCUUUGCAACCGGGAGCGUUCCCGAUUGCGGUUCGGAAUGCGUUCGAAACUCGAGGAUCGAUGGUUUCGCGCGGGGAUCACCGCAUCGCGCAGAUGUUCGUCGCGCGAGGUACGGGACGAGGGGGCAAAACAUGGCCGUCGUCGGUUUGUGACGCGUACGGAACCAGUUCCACGUCGAGGCCGGUUUGGAACUAGUUUCCUUCGGUUUUUCGGUCCCCCACGAGAGCAGUGCGGGACGUUGGUAGGCGCGAAUAAUACUCCGAUCGGACUGCUCGGUGUCAUCGUAACGUCAAAUUUCCGUCUAUUAUGGCUGAUAAUGAGACGCAACAAGAGAACGAUGAUGUAGAAAUCAAGAUAGAGGAGCCAACUUUUCAAUGUUACAUCGAGGAGCAGCAUAAGGAUAGAUUUUCCGAUUUCGAGAACGUCAACGCGAUACCGUCAAAUAUCGACAUAACGUUAAAUCUAUGGACCAGCAAAGCCACCACAUGUCUGAUUGAUCAGUACAAAAAAUAUCGAUCGAUGGUCGGACAAUCGACACAAAUCAGGAGUCUGCGAGAGAUGUUUGAAAUGAUAUCUCUGCAGAUGCAGAAGUACGGUUUCUACUUUAGUCCACAAAAAUGCGAAAAUAAAUGGCGAGUCCUGGAACGCAAGUACAAAAACCUUGUAUACCGUGAACGACUAAAAAAACCCGGCAGAAUGAGACAUUAUGGACAGUGGGAACACAAACGCGCCUUGGACGAGAUUUUCAACGAGAAGAAGAAAUACGUGUAUCUGGAAAGGAACGACCUGCAGCCGGCGAGUGGAUCGGCAAAAUAUCCCUUAGUUUUAUUGAAACGUGGUUUUGAUCAAGGCAACAACUUGUCUGUCAAUCAACAACACGAAGAUUCUUUGGCGGAGAAAGCUACGAAUGAAAAAAGCGAGGAGACAUUAGAUUAUAAAGAAAUUUUAACGACAUUAUUUGAAAAGUUUGCCGAAAGAAUGGAAAAGAAUUUCGCUAUGGCCGAGAAGAAUAAAGAGAGGCGGCACAAGGAAAAAAUGGCCAUGAGACAUCAAGAAUUAGAGUUGAAGAAACAACUUCUCAAGUUGAAAGAACAGAAAAUGGAAUUGCAAAAAUGCCAAAUAAUUGCUGCUGCGCAAAAUUUACAUUUGAAAUGAAUAUGAAAUGACAUAUAUCAUCUUAUGUGUAGAAAAUUAUUUUUUAAUUU